AUGUACCGUCGCGACCCUAUAGUCUCUUCAUCGCCUCCUCCUCCUGUCGGAUCACGCGCUACUUCGCAUAGCGACGACGACGACGACGACCAACAGGAUCCUUACGUCACUCAGCCUACGCAAAUUCUCGCUGAACACUCACCCUUCUUCCCAGCGCCUUCUGAUACCACACAACCCACGCAACCCACACAAAUCCUCACACCGCGCGCGAACCGAGUCCAAAACACAGCCUCCUCGCAGUUGCAAGUCCCCCGCUCGUCUCCCACUAUCCAGCGGUACUCGUCGCCCGUCAUGUCGCCAACCCAGUCGCAACGGCCGUAUGGAGGCUACAGCAACCCAAUGGCACCUCCUGGUACAAGUUUUUUCCCUCCGCAAGCCGUUCGCAAGCCAAUAGUCGAUUUGACAUCGGACGACCCCCCUGUCGAACGCGAUCCAGACGAAGACGAGUCUGAGUACAGGUCUAAUAUACCACUGUCAAAAAUCGAAAUGGGCUCCAUGGCGUCUAGGAUUGAAGAGACGCCACAGAAACCAACGUGGGAUCUAUCCGGAUUCAAGUACAAUGGUGACCAGUCGCGAAAACGACCGUCUGAGGGACCUGCCUCGAGUUCGCCACCGAAGAGACAAAAGCCCCUACCGCGGCAAGGGGGACCUUCGCGCGCUCUGCCUGUGGAUUUGACAGAAGAUUCAAACAUGACCUUGGAGGAUAUAACAGACUUUGCCAUGCAGCGCAACGUAAAGCGGUUGCAGGCCAUAUAUCCGAAUCGCUCGGUGAAGCAGCUACAUGAAGCCCUACUUAAGAAGAAAGGCGAAUUUUCAGAUGCAUGUUCGUACUUGGCAGAAGAGGAGUCUGAGGACGAGUUGCUUCGGUCCCCACAGCUUGGAGUGGCCCAAAGCAAGUCAAUACCGAUUGUAAAGAAGACCGCACAGCGUGGUUUGAAGCAGCCUGUGCAGUCAUUACAGAACAAAUAUUCAAAGUUGGGAGCGACUCAGAACAGUCCUGUAGUGAUUGACAGUCCCGAGAAGGAAGCACCAAAACGGAAAGGCAGACUUGUUAGCGGAAGAGAUCGCAAGCCGAAGAUGGCGUUUUCGUCCUCACCAGAACCCGCUCCACGACCGCAACAACAUUCGAAGAAGCAAGCGCCAAUUAUGGUCUCUUCAGAUGAGGAUGAGGGUAUCGAUGCAGAGCUUGUGAUUGAUGACGACUCCGAGGCAAGCGCAGCUCCAGAGAACAACUUCAGCGACGAUGCAUUGUUGAACUUCUUCAACACUUGCACUGUGGAGGCUAUGGUGGACUUGUCGAGUCACAAGGAAGAAGACAUCAAAGAGAUAUUCAAGGAACGCCCGUUCGCCUCGCUUGAUGCUGUUCGAAACAUUCACGUAGACCUCGCACCAGCCGAGAAAAGCAAGAAGAAGGCUCGAAAGCCGCGUAUCACAACAGGUGCAAGGCUUGUGGAAUCUACUGAAGGCAUGUGGAACGCCUACUCGACCAUUGACUCGGUGGUGAAACAAUGUGAAGCCCUUGGAAAACCAAUGGUUGCGGGCAUGGCACGAUGGGGAAUCGACAUUUUCGGCGCAUCUACUGAGGAAGGCAUGGACGUUACGAGUCUCGACGAUAGCGAUACCAACUCAGCACGGGAUUCCGGUUAUCAUACACCAAAGAGCAGCAACAGCAGCGAUACCGAAUCCAAGGGCAUACGCAAAGCAGUCGGUCGUACAAAGCUGCUCAAACAGCCCUCGAUCAUGAAUGACGACAUUGAGCUCAAGGACUACCAAGUCGUCGGUCUUAACUGGCUCAAUCUUCUCUGGCAAACUGAGACCUCUGGCAUUCUGGCUGACGACAUGGGUUUGGGAAAAACCUGCCAGAUCAUUGCUUUCUUGUCGCAUCUGAAAGAAGAGGGUAGCGGAAAGCCUGCACUCAUUGUUGUACCUGGAUCGACUCUAGAGAACUGGUGUCGUGAGUUUGAGCGCUUUUCAAGCUCCAUCAACUUCACACCAUACUACGGAUCUCAAGCUGAACGUUUCUCGCACCAGGAGAGCAUUCACCAGAACAUCAGGCAGGGAACGUGCGACGCAAUUAUCACAACGUACGAUCUCACAUUCAGGAAAGAAGACCUAAUCUUUCUCAAGAAAUGCAGACCUGAAAUCUGCAUUUUUGACGAAGGACAUAUGCUGAAGAAUGCUAACACGAUUCGAUACAAGAGCUUGAUGAAGAUUCCUACCAAGUGCAGGAUUCUAUUGACUGGCACCCCGCUGCAGAACAGUCUCCAAGAACUCAUGUCCAUUCUUGGGUUCUUGAUGCCGCAGGUGUUCUACGGCGAUCAGCAGGAGGAAGUUCAGGAGAUGUUACAAAUAUUGUUUAAACACAAGGCUAAGACUAUGGAGAGCGAUUCGCACAGCUCUUUGUUGUCUGCUCAGCGUAUCCAGCGUGCUCGUACCAUGUUGACACCCUUUAUUUUGAGGAGGAAGAAGGCCCAGGUGCUCAAGCACCUGCCGAAGAAGACUUCUCGCGUCGAAUACUGUGAGCUCACAGAUACACAAAGGACCCUGUACAACGAGCAAUUAGCGAAGCAGCGCAAGAUUCUCGAGGACAGGGCUGCCGGCAUCGCUGUCAAAGACCAUGCCAACGUGAUGAUGAAGCUUCGCCAAGCAGCCAUCCACUCACUCCUGUUCCGUCAUCGCUACGACAACAAUACCAUCCGGAAAAUGUCAAAGGCCUGUCUCAAAGAAGACAUGUUUGCUGAAAGCAACCCAGACAUUAUCUACGAAGAGCUGGAGCUCUACCAAGACUACCAAUGCCACCAACUCGCCACCAAGUACCGAGCGCUCAAGAAGUUCGAGCUCCAAAACCACGAAUGGAUGGACUCGGGCAAAGUCACUGCUCUCCUCGCCCUGUUGAAAAAGUACAAAGAAAACGGCGACCGCGCCCUAGUCUUUAGUCAAUUCACCUCUGUCAUGGACAUCCUCGGCUGGGUCUUCGACGACCACGACAUAAACUUCAUGCGCAUGGACGGCUCCACCCCGAUCCAAGAGCGCCAAUCCCUCAUGGACAUCUUCUACCAAGACGAAUCCAUCCAGCUCUUCAUGAUCAGUACCAAGAGCGGCGGUGCGGGUAUCAAUCUCGCCUGCGCAAACAAAGUCAUCAUCUUUGACUCGAGCUUCAACCCCCAAGACGACAUUCAAGCCGAGAACCGUGCCCACCGCGUUGGCCAGACGCGCGAAGUCGAAGUCGUCAGACUCGUCACCAAGGGGACCGUCGAAGAACAGAUUUACGCCCUCGGCAUCAGCAAGUUGGAGCUGGACAAGAUGGUCCAAGGUGAAGACGAGGGCGCGCCGAAAACUAAAGGGAAGAAGAAGGAUGAGCCGGGGGCUGCGGGUGCAGCAGCGCUGAGUAAAGCCGAAGAAGCGGGUAUGGCGGCUGUCGAGAUGAUGAUGAUGCAGCAGUUGCAGUCGCCGCCUGAUGACAAGAAGAAGAAGAAGAGUGGUGGUGCUACGGCGGAUAUCAAGGAGCAGUUUCUCUCCGGUCUCAAGAGUGCGGGGUUGGAUGUCGCUGCGUAG